UGCCGGGAGAGGAAGCAGACCUGAGGCCGUCUCUGUGAGCAGGCCACACACCACCCACCCCAGACGAGGCCCAGACCCCUGCCCAGGAUGGACCCGGGGCCCCACUCCCGGCCCCUCCUUGGACAAGCCCUGCCGUUGUUCCUGCUGCUGCUGCCCCUGGGGAGCCAGGCCAGCCCCGGCUGCUACGGGAUCCCAGGGAUGCCCGGCCUGCCCGGGGCGCCGGGGAAGGAUGGGCACGAUGGACUGCCGGGGCCCAAGGGGGAGCCAGGAGUCCCAGCCAUCCCCGGGACACGAGGACCCAAGGGGCAGAAGGGAGAUCCCGGCACGCCCGGCCAUCCUGGGAAGAACGGCCCCAUGGGCCCCGCAGGGACCCCGGGGGUGCCCGGCCCCAUGGGCCUGCCGGGGGAACCCGGCGAAGAGGGCCGCUACAAGCAGAAGCACCAGUCGGUGUUCACGGUCAUGCGGCAGACCGCCCAGUUCCCGGCGGCCAACGGCCUGGUCAGGUUCAACGCGGUGGUCACCAACCCGCAGGGGGAUUAUGACACCGGCACCGGCAAGUUCACCUGCAGGGUGCCCGGCUUAUACUACUUUGUCUACCACACGUCGCAGACGGCCAACCUGUGCGUGCUGCUGUUCCACAACGGCGUCAGGGUGACCACCUUCUGCGACCACAAGUCCAACGACAAGCAGGUCAGCUCGGGCGGCGUGCUGCUGCGGCUGCAGGUGGGUGACGAGGUGUGGCUGGCCGUCAACGACUACAACGCCAUGGUGGGCACCGAGGGCUCCGACAGCGUCUUCUCCGGCUUCCUGCUCUUCCCCGACUAGGGUGGGCGGGGGGCGCUCCGGCCCCGUCCUCCGUGUCCCACAUCCCCACCCGAUGGACUCCUCCGGGAAGCCUGCCCUGCCCUCCCACCCGAGAAUUCUCUCCCUCCUCUGAGCUCCUUCGGGAGUCACUGCUUGUCCCGUUCCUUGGACACUUAGCCAACACUUCCUGGUGCAGUCGUUAGUUUUUUUCUGGUAUCGGAAGAGGUGGGGAGAUAGACGGAUAAAUGAUUCAAGCCAUACACAGGCA